GUUUUCUUCGAUAUUUUAACGGUUAGAGCGCGAGCGGUAUGUUUGCCUGCUUGCUUGCUCGUUCAUCCGCUCGCUUGAUAUCUCAGUCACUCAGUUUAGUUCAUUAUUUCUCCGACGUAUUUCUUCAUACAUAGAGUUCACUGCUGCUGAGUUGUUGCUUGCUAGCCGCCUUUCCAACAAUUUCAAUCAGUUGAUUUUCAAACGGCAACCGCAACAGAUUUCCAUUUUUCAUCCGAAAACCCUGUCGAUGUCGAAUAUUUUCCGUUUUUACUUUUCGGUCGGGCUAUCUGUUCAUAUUGACUCGGUUAUCAUCCAACCGAGGGAGCAAAAUGAAAUUGCAAAUCCGUGACUUAGCGAGGUAAAACAAAGAAAAGCGAAUAAAUGUACGCGUAAUCCACGGAUUGUAGCGAUGUAAAUAACCGGGCGGUAAACAUAAACCGAAAAAAAGGAAUAUCAAGUUCGUGAAAAAUUCAGGCGCGAAGUGAAAUGCGAGUGUGAGAGAGAGAAAAGAAUUCUACGAAGAAAUAGAGAAUAUUUGUGGUUUCAUUUCUCACUUUCGUCAACAUCGACCGAAUAUCAUUUUCAUCAGUCGGGAAAAUCUGCCAAACGAAUUCACAAAGGAACAAAAAAACGGAUGUGUCAUGGGUUUAUCCAGAAUCAACAACAAAAAUAUUUUUCAACGGUCAACGUUUUACGAAUGUUGUGACAGUGCGUGAGAAACGAUUCAAUUUCUUUUUCAUCGUUUAAAAUUCGAAUUGCUAAAGGUGUUGAUUUAAAAAAUAACAAAUUUCAUGACAAAAAGUAAGUAGAAUUGAAAAUUCGUAAUUGAUAUCACGAAUAUCGUGCAGAAAAAAUUGUUGAAGAAGAAACAAAUCGCGUAUCUACUAAAUAAAUCGAAAUUUAAUGCUGUAUCAGAUAGAUUACUCGCCGUUCGGUUCUGAUUGUGUGUAUCAAAUGAAAGGUAGUUCUCAGGAGAUGGAGAGAGCAAGAAAGAAUGUUGAAAUAAAAACAGAAUUAAAAAUAGAAUAAUAACGACAAUAAUACAUUUUGUGGAAAACGUCAAUUCGUUUGAAUCAGAUCGGUUGGCUGUGUCAGUUGAGGCUAGCGACGUUGACGAUUGGUGCACGAGCGACAGACACACACAAAAAAAGGCAUAUUACAAUUCUCGUUGGCAGCAUUUUAUCAAUAUCUAACGUUCAACUGGUCAUUAUCAUUAUUGACACCAUUAAGUUUUUGCACGUCCCCUGUGCGACAAAGUGGAAAAAAAUCAGACGGUUGGAAUCCAACAGCUGUGGACCCAUCUUAUUCUGGCAAGCGGAAGAAUUUUUAUGAGGCCAUUACGAGUCGAACAAGUGAAAAUUUAUAACAAUAGUGAACGACAGUGAGUGCGACUGGGAUAGAGUCACACAGAGCGAUAGAGAGAGAGAGAGAGAGAGAGAGAGAGAGAGAAAGAGGGGGGGAGCAAGAUACACAAAAGUGUAAAAAUGAUAUGCAAAACAAUGUGAUCUGCAUGUAAAUGAAGUGUGUCUUAAAAUCGGUUAUUGCUGUUUAACCAACUGUACGCUAGACCAUAAAAAGGACUCUUCGCACUUAUCCAACACUCGGAGCAUUUCAGUUUUUUUUUCUUCUUUUCGUCGAAUGAAAAAUGAGAAUGAAUCGCGAACCGAAUGAAUGAAUGAAAUAUGAGCGAGAGAAAAAAGAGAGAGAGAUGAUGAUGUGUGUUGCGGAUGCCUUCAAGCAUCAAAUCGAGUUGUGAUAUCUCUCAUCAUCGUGUUUCAUCCUUCCUAUGCUAGUUGACGAGAAAACUGAUGCAAAAAUAUGCUAAUCGCACCGAGCAAAUGAAAGGAGCUGACGAAUAAACGACCAUUGUGUACGUGUUGUCAUUUUUCAUAAAGCAACGGAACGACUGACGACACAAUCGGUUUUUAUUUGCUUCAAAAUAAAGUGAAAAUUCCACUUUCGAUUAUCCACUUCUCAAAUAGCAAAGUAACCCAUUUUCAUAAAACCACAUAGUGUGUAUGUGUGUAUUAUGUGUGCUGGACAAAACAAUAGGACACACAUACACACAUUACAGUGGCCAGUAAAACAAAGUGAGUGGUGUGAUCAUUGGUUGUAGCGAAACAAAUUGAAGUGUAAGAAGUCCUAACUGAACGACUGGCUGAAUUUCAAUACUGCUCUUAAGUCUUUUAAAAAUAGUUGCAGCCCCCGGUAUAGGAUAGACGUGUGCAAUUCAUCCUUGUGCUUAAAAAAAACGAACAAAACAGACGACUAUUUAAAAAAAAAACUCACAUAAUAUACUAGACGGUUAAACUGUGUUAAAAAGUAUUUAUUUCAUUGUAUAGUGUAAUGAGGCGAUUUUAACUAGCUAAUUAAGCGUACAUCGUGUAAAAAUACAGAAAGCAAUAUAUUGUUACAUACGGCGAACAACAAAAACAACCCAAUCCGCUUGCGAGACAAAGUCUCAUUUCUCAUUGUAAACAAAACAAAAUAAAAACGAAGCAUCAUAAAAAAUAACGAGCACCGAAACAAAAAUGUCCACCUCAACAUUGGGCGGCUUUGAGCGCGAAGAACGUAAAAUACUGUACGAUGAAUAUCUGUUUCAACGUCGCGUCCUAUUCGGUAUUACAAUAUCGAUAAUAUUCGCUGCAUUCAUAUGGACAAUUGCUAUUUGUACGGAUCAUUGGAUUCUAGUUGCCGGCGAUAAACCUAUUUUUAUCCCGAUCAGUGAACGUUUUUUCCUUUCAUCGCAUACGGGCCUAUGGCGCCUUUGCAGAUACGCACUCGCACCAAUUCUGUUGACGAAUUCCACACUACCUCAACUAUUGACAAAACUAAUCGUAACCGAUGGCAACGAGAUUAACCGGCUGAAAAAUGACAUCGCCAAUCAACCGUUUAUCAAAGAAUGGUAUAACUUAAGCGUUCCCAUUACCAACGUAACUAGCAUCGACAAUCGCUUUAAACAAGCUCUGUUUGCAAAAUGGAUUCUCGACCCCAAAGAUUUUGCCACCAUCAAAACGAAAUACAAAACCCUUGCGAACCCAUUAAAUACAACUGCCGGUGGUGGCGGUGGUAAACAGAAGAAAGUCCAACAUAUUCAAAUAAGUAGUCAUAAUUUAACAAUGGUUAAAGAAUUGUUCGGUCUCACCCCGAUCAAUGUACAAGUGAAUGAGACACGUCGUGCUACUGUCUUUGUACCGAGAAAUUUACAAUUGGCAUUGUUCGACGAAUGGCCUCAAAAAGAGAAAGUUGUGUCAUUGUUGGGUCAGUUUGCCAAAGAUAUGGAUUUGUCGCCGAUUAUAAAAGCGCCAAAUGGCACACAGCUCAUUCUACGACCGCCUGAUCCACCAUCAAAAGGUCAAACAAAUCCGGAUUAUCGCUAUGCGAAAUAUGAAAUUUGCAAGUAUCACAACUUUUUUCCACUGAUAAAUGAAACCGAAUACGAUCCAUCGAUAGACGAGUUUCUUCUAGGCUACACGAACGAAACACUUGAAGCAAACGAUUUCAAAAUGCACACAUUUCAUUGGGAGGAAAUUCAAGAUCUCGUGCGGACUCAGGCAUCAUUCGCAUGUAUAUGCUUGCUUAUUAUGACAAUGGCCUUUGUCUUUUCGAUGUACACAUUUUUAAAUCCACGUUACAUGUUCAAAAGACUGGCUGCCGGUGUUCAUUUCAUAUCAGCAUCCAUAUGUUUUGUAGUAUUGCGAAUAGUGUCGUAUGCUGUUGAUUAUGAAAAAAAGCACAUGGACUAUCUAUUCCCGAAAGGAGCUGACUACUUUUACGGAUAUGGCGUUUAUAUGGCAUGGGCGGUUUUCAUUGUAAAUGCAUCGGCAUGCUUCUUAUUCUUGUGGUAUUCAAAGAAGAGAAAAGGCAACAAAGCUCCAACCGAAGAACUGGCCAUGGCUGAUGAACCAAUCAACAUGGGUCGAUGAGUCUCAACUGUUUCUUUUUAUAUAUAUAUAUGUAACAAACCGAUCUUUAAAUCGAAUCCCAAAAAAAAACAUCGCGAAUUAUUAUUUAUUCACUAGGCUUAAGGUAAAAGCAAGAGAGGAGGCGCAAAACAAUUCUCAAUGACAAAAUGUGUGCGCACACUUUUUAUUCAAAUGAAAUUACUCAACCAACAUUGUUAUCCAUGACUUUUUGAUUACACGCAUAAGGUUUGCCCAUUUUUAACUAAAUUACUUUUAAACACUCAUUGUCCAUUAUUUCGUUGAAUAAUUUAAAUUUCCAAUAUUUCAAAAAAGAAACGACAAAUAAAAUCGAUUGUCUAUUUAAUUGUGUC